AUGUCCGCCACCCCAGGAGGAGAUUCCAAGCUAUUUGCACGACUUCGCCUCGAGCUGAAUAGUGGAGGCAAGAAGGACAAAAGCUAUGCGACGAAGAAGAUUGCGCUCAAGAAAAUCGUCGCCAACAUGACGAUGAGCAACAACGACAUGGUCGCUUUGUUCCCCGACAUCAUUGGAUGUAUGCACAUUCAAAGUCUGGAGAUCAAGAAGAUGUGUUUCCUCUACCUUGUCAACUACUCGAGGAUCCGCCCCGAAAUUGCUGUCAAGGCAAUCCCUGUUCUAGAACACGAUAUGGCGGACCAGAAUCCCUUAGUCCGAGCACUUGCCCUUCGUACCAUGUCUUACGUGCAUGUCAAGGAGUUUGUUCAUGCUACUGUCCCUCAAGUUCGGCAGCUUUUAAGGGAUGGCGAUCCGUAUGUCCGUAAAACAGCGGCAUUUUGCGUCGCCAAGUUGUAUGACCAUGAUAAGCAGAUGAUUGAGAAGUCGGAUCUGAUCGAUAAACUAAACUCGCUACUUCGGGACGACAACCCCACCGUUGUUGCCAGUGCCCUUGCCUCGCUCAUGGACAUCUGGGAAAGGAGCGAGGCAAUAAAGCUUACGAUCGACUACAGCAAUGCCUCUAAAAUGGUGGCUAUCCUUCCAGACUGCUCAGAAUGGGGUCAGACGUAUAUCCUCGAAGCACUGAUGACAUAUAGGCGACCCGAGGUCCUACGCAAUGACAUCCGCGUUUUCUUUUGCAAGUACAACGACCCCAUCUACGUCAAAGUCACAAAACUCGAGUUGAUUUUCAUGCUCGCCAAUGAAAACAAUAUCGAAGAAGUGUUGACUGAAUUACGAGAGUAUGCCACGGAGAUUGAUGUGCAUUUUGUGAGAAAGGCGGUCACGUACAUUGUUCAAGAGGCGACCGUGGUAAUCCGAAACAUAUUCCGGAAGUACCCGAAUCAGUACGAGUCGAUUAUCGGAACUCUCUGCGAGAACUUGGACUCCCUAGACGAACCAGAGGCCAAGGCUGCUAUGGUGUGGGUGAUUGGCGAGUACGCCGACCGCAUCGAAAACUCAGAUGCUCUGCUAGAAGAUUUCCUUUACUCGUUUUCCGAGGAACCCGUUGAGGUGCAGCUAGCACUCCUUACAGCGACUGUGAAGCUGUUCAUUCAGAGGCCCACAAGAGGCCAAGAUCUUGUCCCCAAGGUGCUGAAGUGGGCCACUGAAGAGACCGAUAACCCCGACCUUCGAGAUCGUGCCUACAUGUACUGGCGCUUGCUCUCAACGGAUAUGAACUCUGCGAGGCAGAUCGUCAUGGGAGAGAAACCGCCAAUCACAGCAGAAUCAGAGAAGCUUGACCCCCAGACUCUUGAAGAGAUGUGCUUGAACGUUGGGACGCUCGCUACCGUUUAUCUCAAGCCUGUUCAAACGGUUUUCCGGUCUGCGCGGCCGCGUCGACUGCCGGACUCCCCAUGCCUACAGAGAGAGUCCAUCAUCGCCCCCGGCGACGGACAGAAAUCGCUGAGCAUGUUUGGAAAGGGUGGCCAACCGUCUGAUAUUGACCUUCGGAACAGACCAGCCGCAGCGGUGAACACGAAUAACGGUUCAACCUCCCCUAGUGCCUUGAAUGACGCGGAUGCGUAUUUCGCAAGCAUUGGACCCCAACAAAUGGCUGCGAUGAGAAUUGACCAAGGGGAUGUCUUUGGCGGAGGGGCAUCGGCCAAGAAACCGGGCCAGGGCAGCAACGGAGACCUUCUUAUCCUUUAA